ACUGUCACAAUUGUCAGAUGUGAGACGUCAAACUGAUUAUAUUUGUUUUUACUUAUUGGAAUAGUUUAUGUACAUUCAUUAUUAUAAAUGAAGACUUAUAUUUUACGCUGUUUAAUGAACACUAAAGUAAUAGUAUAUAAAUGAUAAUGUUUUGAUAUGAAAUUAAACCCAUAUUAAGUGAAGUGAUCUCAAUAUUGUGAUUGUUGUUGAGUGCACUGACCGUUGAAUGGUUUUGUAAUCGAGAACUGCGAUGGAAGGAAAUAAUGGAGAUGCGGAACGAGACCGUGGCCUAGUGAGUGUAGAACACAGUGCCGCUGAGGGGGAUGGAGAUAGAGCGAGGUACAGCAUGAUGGUUCGCUGCGCGUCACAGUCGUCGCUGGACGAAUCGUCGCAGCGGCGCGAGUCCAGCGAGAACGGCGCUGGCUCGCAGCACGCGGCGCAGUUGCUGGACGCGCUGGCACGCCUGCGUCGCGACGACGUGCUGUGCGACGUGCGGCUGCAGGCUCAGUGUCUGAGCGGCGUGUCUGGCGCGUCGGGUACGUCGGACACGUCGGCUGCGUCGGGCGGGUCGGCAGCGCCGGGUGCGUCAAGCGCAUCCGGCGCGACGGGCGCGUCGGGCGCGUCGGGCGCGUCGGAGGGCGUGUGCGCGCACCGCGCCGUGCUCGCCGCGUGCUCGCCGUACUUCCGCGCGAUGUUCACGCAAUUCGACGAGCGCACGCAGUCCACCAUCACCAUACAGGACGUCGAGCCGCACGCGCUAGAAGCUAUAAUAGACUACGUGUACAACCCGGAUUCACUCGUCAUCACCGAAGAUAAUGUGCAGGUGAGCGCCACACCCCCCUACACCGGAACGCCCCCCCCCCCUCCAGGCACCGCGAGUAAAGCGCGCUGUCCGCAGAGCGUGCUGUCGGCGGCGUCGCUGCUGCAGGUGUGCGGCGUGCGCGCGCGCGCCUGCGCCUUUCUGGCGGGCGCGCUGUCGCCGGACAACGCGCUCGGCAUCCGCGCCUUCGCAGACCUGCACGCCUGCGCAGACCUCGCCGACUGCGCCUCGCGCUUCGUCGAGCGACACUUCGUCGAGGUGCUGGAGACGGAGGAGUUCCUCGGGCUCGAGCCGGACGCGCUGGCGAGCCUGCUGGACAGCGAUCGCCUCACGGUGCCAAACGAGGAGGUCAUAUUGGAUGCUGUCAUUCGAUGGAUGCAGCAUGACCCGGAGACGAGACGCGCCCGCCUGGGCUCGCUGCUGGAACACGUCCGCUUGCCGUUGCUGCCGCAGGACGCGCUGGUGGCGCGCGCAGCCGCUGAGCCGCUCGCCAGCGCCGAACUACGCGUAAAGGAUCUAGUCAUCGAGGCGCUCUCGUUCCACCUGCUGCGGCCAGACAGGCGCGCGGCCGCCGCCGCCACGUGCGCGCGCGCCCGCCCGCGCCAGCCGCCGCGCUCGCCCAAGGUGCUGCUGGUGGUCGGCGGGCAGGCCCCCAAGGCCAUCCGCGACGUGGAGGCGUUCCACAUGGAGAGCGCGCGCUGGCGGCCCGCCGCCGACCUGCCCACGCGCCGCUGCCGCGCCGGCCUGGCCGUCGUGGGCUCGCGCCUGUACGCCGUCGGCGGCUUCAACGGCACCCUGCGCGUGCGCAGCGUCGACGUGUACGACGUGGCCACCGACACGUGGGCGCCCGGGCCGCCGUUGUGUGCGCGCCGCUCCACGCUGGGCGUGGCGGUCAUCGGGCACGUGAUCUACGCCGUGGGCGGGUUCGACGGCGCCACGGGGCUCAGCUCCGCCGAGGCCAUGGACGUGCGCGAGGGCGUGUGGCGCCCGGUGGCCGGUAUGAGCACGCGCCGCUCGUCCGUCGGCGUGGCCGUGCUGGACGGCAAGCUGUACGCGGUGGGCGGCUACGACGGCGCGUCCCGGCAGUGCCUGCACACGGUGGAGCGCUACGACCCAGCGGCCGACACGUGGGAGGCGGCGGCCGAGAUGGGCGCGCGGCGCUCGGGCGCCGGCGUGGGCGUGGCGGGCGGCGCGCUGUACGCCGUCGGCGGCCACGACGGGCCUGCCGUGCGGCGCUCCGUGGAGCGCUACCGGCCGAGCGAGGGCUGGGCGCCGGCCGCGCCCAUGGCGCACGCGCGGCGCAACGCGGGCGUGGCGGCGCACCACGGCAAGCUGUACGUGGUGGGCGGCGACGACGGUGCCGCGAACUUGGCCACAGUGGAGGUGUUCGACCCGGCGGCCGAGCAGUGGUCGGUGCUGGGCGCCGCCAUGUCCGUGGGGCGCUCAUACGCGGGCGUGGCAGUGGUGGAGCGCGCCGCAUGACGAGCGCCCGAGCCGCGCGCCGCCGCCGCGCCGGACGACGCGCCGCACGAGGACAGCUACGUCAACGUGCGCGUGUACGCCAGCGCGUCCUCUGCGCCGCGCUGGCGACGACACCAGGUACCGUCCGCCGUCCACUGCCUCAUACCGCCACUACCAAUCUCCACCUCCGACCUCGGCAUCGUCGACCGUCGACCAUCCGUCAUCUAUGUAUCCAUUUUACGCUAUACUACAAUUAAAUAUAUCGCCCGACACUCGCACCAAACACUAGUGACUCAAAAAUAAAUAUUUUUGUCCUCACAAAACAUUUUUCCAAAUUAUACAAAAAGGUAGCGCCUCGUUAGCUCUCGUACGCCUCGCCGACUGAUGUUCAAAUUUAUUUUUAAACAUACACACACACACACACACACAUUCGCUUUCGCUUUCUGUUAUAGUCUUGAUUAAUAGCAAAAUGAAUAUCAUUCGUUUGAAUACGAUUUUGCCCUGCAAUCUGAGAGUUGGAGCGAUUUUAUUUAUUUUUAUAUUUUUUUUAUAAUUGUAAAGCACUGUAUCGCAAAAUAUAUUAACAGAUGAAUUCUCAGAGUUACGCGUAGCAGCACUCGCAGCGUCGUCAUGCACACGAAACGUGAGAAAUAAAAUAUGAGCAUU